GAACCGUGUCCUUCUGUUUGGGAUUCCAGAGGCUACCAUGAAGAAGAGCCACUGGAGUUUAGGUUAGUUACAUGUCGAUCACACUGUCACUGAAAAGGCCUCACUCUCACACGUAUUGAUGAGCACUAUAAUCUAGACCGGAGCGGCCUGAACUUUGCCCACUAGUCUCCCGUCACCAGGCUGGGACAGACAACUUACUUAAACGCUGUCGGCUUUGGAACCCUCUGCACUUGACGGCCCGGUGGGAAACUGAAGAGAGAGAUGUCUAGAAAGAGAAGAAACCGAGGCAACAAUGCUCAACAACAAGCUACACCGAAUCACAAGAGAGCGCCACCGAAGGCUCUGCAAGCACCAGCGGUGUUUGCUUCAUCAACAGGCUUUGAGACAGAUGUCCCUCAUGAGAAGCUGACCAUCGCCCAGGCCAAGAGAGGAACUCCAGCUAAUCGACCGGUGAGAGUUUACGCCGACGGAAUCUUCGAUCUGUUUCACUCGGGACACGCUCGCGCUCUCAUGCAGGCCAAAAAUGUGUUCCCCAACACACACCUGAUUGUUGGAGUCUGCAGCGACGAGCUGACGCACAAGCUGAAAGGCUUCACAGUGAUGACAGAGGAUGAGAGAUACGACGCGCUCAGACACUGUCGCUACGUGGAUGAGGUGGUCCGUGACGCCCCCUGGACGCUUACGCCGGAGUUCCUCAAGAAACAUAAGAUAGAUUUUGUGGCCCAUGAUGACAUCCCUUACAGCUCAGCGGGGUCAGAGGACGUCUAUAAACACAUAAAAGAAGCCGGGAUGUUUGUUGCCACCAAGAGAACAGAAGGCAUUUCCACGUCUGACCUCAUCACACGUAUUGUACGGAACUACGACAUCUAUGUGCGACGAAACUUGCAGAGAGGCUACACGGCUCAGGAGCUCAAUGUUGGGUUCAUCAAUGAGAAAAAGUAUAGACUUCAGAAUCAGGUGGAUAGGAUGAAGGAAACUGUGCGCACCGUGGAGGAGAAGUCCAAACACUUUGUGUACCGAGUGGAAGAGAAGAGCCAAGACCUGAUUCACAAGUGGGAAGAGAAGUCACGAGAAUUCAUCGGAAACUUCCUGGAACUGUUUGGACCCGACGGUGCAUGGCAUGUGAUUCAGGAGCGGAGUGGAAGGAUGCUUCAGGCCUUGUCACCGUACUCGUCCCCCCGAGGAUCCCCCAGCAGCAGUCCCACCAGACUGCGAUCGGGUUCCCCUGACUCAGCCAGCGCUUCACCAUCCUCUCUCUCUCCCCCAUCCACCCCAUCCUCACCCUCACGGCGUAAAAAGGGCAGCCGCUCUUCCUUCAAGGCCGCAACGAAAUACAGUGGUCACCUUCAGUGAUGUCAUCACAAUAUCAGCGACAAUUCACAUAUUUAUGACUCACUGUAAUGCUGCAGGGAUGAAGACUAUUGAUUCAACAUAAGCUCGUAAUAUUUAUCAUGCAUUAUUUUCUUGUUCCAAAUACUUUCCUGGCAGUUUACACUGAGGGUAUAAACUUUUUCUUAGCUAAAUGUACAACUGAAAUUGAUACUUAAAAGAGAUAAAGUGUUCAUAUGAGCGUUAUACAUUAACUUUACUGACAAGUGUUGACAAAUAUGAGGGUUGCCCUCUUGUGGCCAGGGACAGAACGCAGGUAUUGAAACCAAUUUGAAAAAUUACAGAAGAUACAGUAGCUGUUUAAUGUAAAAAUAAAUGUACCGCCCCGACCUAUUUCCAGCUUCCCCAGAAAUUUGAUAAAAGAAAUAAAUUGUUUCUGUGUCAUUUAUUUACCAUUUAUUUAGAAGAUUUUGUUCAUGAUGUAUUGGUGUA